GUAGGAAAACACCGCACGUAUAUGGACUCAUUUAAAUGACGAGACGCUGUCUGGAAAGUCAAGAGGAGACGUCAGCGACAUUCAUGUUUUCACGGAAACAAAUACACAGGCUGGAGACCGUGUUUUAACGAUGUUUUUUUGAGUCGUCUGUGUAGUUUUUACUGAGUAGCCGUGUUUAUGUCUUCUUGCUAGCUUAAGCCAGCGAAGAGCUAGCUGGUACGCGCAGACGACUAUCUCCGGUCAAAUGCAACUUGUCAUCGGUUGUUUUCCUUAUAUAUAUAAAUAUCGCUCAUUCUCACAGGACGGAACAAUAUAGUAUGCUAAGUGUUUAAUUGCGGCUGAGAAGGGUUCAGAGUUUGCUUUUGGUGAGAUCCGGGUGAAGAUUGCUUUGGAAACGUUUCCUCCUCACUCUCAACACAAGUUUAAAAAGCUGAAGAAACUAAUUCCGCUUCAUUAAAAUAUCCAGGGCACUUCUUGGAGGAACGGCCGAUCACUCUUCGACCUCUCAACAAGUGGACAAAAUGGAUGUUAUCUGGACUUCAGGCACCUCACUGAAAACCAAGCACAUACUUUGUAAAUAACACCACUUUUUCCUCCUUCCUCUGCUGACAGGGUGCUUAUCUGCCUCCUGUGUAAAUGUGGCUUGCAUUUUGAAGAGGAGGAAGUCUUCUUUGUUUUAUUUUUGUUUCAGCGCCACUUAUUUUUAGCUUUGACUAAGCCCUUCAGCUCAACAGUAAAGGAUGAAUGGCCUCUCUCUCAGUGAGCUCUGCUGCCUCUUCUGCUGCCCACCCUGCCCCGGCCGCAUUGCAGCCAAACUCGCCUUCCUGCCCCCUGAGCCCACAUACACCUUUCUCCCAGACCCAGAGGCAGGCCCCAACGCGCCAGGAGGAACAGGGACAUCAAGCCUGCGGGUGCGCAGUGGCGCUUCAGUGGCUGGAGGCGCAGGGGCUGGGGCUGUGGAGGGAAGAUGGAAGCUCCACCUGACAGAGCGAGCAGAGUUUCAGUACUCCCAGAGAGAACUGGACACAACUGAGGUGUUUCUUACUCGCUCCAGCCGAGGGAACAGGGUCGGCUGCAUGUAUAUUCGCUGUGUUCCUAAUGCCAGGUUUACAGUGCUUUUCUCCCAUGGUAAUGCGGUGGACCUGGGCCAGAUGAGCAGUUUCUACAUCGGCCUCGGCACCCGCAUCAACUGCAACAUCUUUUCCUACGACUACUCAGGAUACGGCGUCAGCACUGGCAAGCCCACUGAGAAGAACCUCUAUGCAGACAUAGAUGCUGCUUGGCACGCCCUGCGCACACGGUAUGGCAUCAGCCCAGAGAAUAUCAUCCUGUAUGGACAGAGCAUUGGUACAGUUCCCACUGUAGACCUGGCAUCACGGUAUGAGUGUGCUGCAGUGGUCCUUCACUCACCUUUAACAUCAGGCAUGAGAGUGGCCUUUCCUGACACAAAGAAAACCUACUGCUUCGACGCUUUCCCCAACAUUGAGAAAGUGUCCAAAAUCACAUCCCCGGUGCUAAUCAUCCACGGGACAGAGGACGAGGUGAUCGACUUCUCACACGGCCUUGCUCUGUUCGAGCGCUGCCCCAAAGCCGUGGAGCCCCUCUGGGUGGAAGGAGCGGGACACAACGACAUUGAAUUGUACAGCCAGUAUCUGGAGCGCCUGCGCCGUUUCAUAGGACAGGAGUUGGCUGUACAGCACGCCUGACCCUCACAUUUUACAACUACCACCGGCAUCAACGUCAUUAUUAGCGAGCAUCAACUCUCUGUGUCCAAAAUGGAAACGUCUCCAAGAUUAAUCUUUACCCUUCCCCAACCUAUCACUGCACUGUAUUUGCUCUAAGGUUUUCGGGGGGGGGGGGGGGGGGGACACAGUAUGCCUUGAAUGGACCCAGAGUAAAGUGGAUGUAUGUUCAUGAACAUCAGAUGUACGUGAGUGUGAAAGACUUUGUCACACACUACAUUAAAACUGUUUAGACAGAAAAUAUAUUCCUUAACUGUGCAAUAAUAAGGACAAUGUCUACAGGAAAAGGACAUAUGUUGAAAUUGAAUGAAAGAAGAUUGAACAGAACAACAAACUUAUACUUAUGUAGGUUGAUAACAGUGGGGUUCAGACAGCAAGUUUCACUCGAUUUUUCCAGCCUACUCGUGUGUUUCAGUUCAUUCCUGCUGUUAAUCCAUGAUAAAUGGAUAAGGAUGUUGAUGUUGGGGAAUAUUUUGGUUUUCUAAUAACCUUUUAAAACAAAAAAGCAACCAAGUUCUCUGCAUUGAGUCACCUGUUUUUAUUAGAUACACUUGUACAAUCUAAUGCAACCCAGUACUAAAACGCUGUUUCAUGAAGCUUAUAAAGUUCAAUAAAUCAACCAUAUGAUAAUUUGUAGUAAGUGGUAGUUGUGUAUUGGACUGCAUUAUAUUGAGAAUUAUUUCUCAUUCUGUUUCCCACAUCUAUGUAAAAGGAAUGGAAAAAACUGGUAAAAAAUGAAAAUUAUACAUACACAGAGAUGACUUUAAAUUUUCUGUCAUUGAUUAUGUUCUUUACUGUGCUGAACAUUUUGCUCAGGUAACCCUGUAAGACAUUAGGGUCAGUGUCCUCCACACUUGUGUCUUUCUUUGUUUUGUAUGCAUUUAACUAAACCUCCAAUCCUUUGAGAUUUCUCCUUUUUAAGCUUUCUGAAACAUCUGGUGUGAGGGCUUUUUUUUAUCUUUGAUUUUUAACCAAGUCAUGAACCACGUUAUGACCCUGAAACUGAGGUGCGGACCAAACCUUGCGUUUGGUGAUCCGCUACUCACCUAGGCUUUUAUUUCUAGUUUGAACUGAGUUUCCAUACUGUCUUCAGUCUGUGCCGCAGUGAUGGAGCGGGAUUGGCUGCAUUAAACAAGGAGCAACAUUUUGAUUGUCUGAGAGUCUGUUAGCCCUCUCUCUUUUGUUUUACUCUUGUUCGUCUUGUUUAUGUCUCGCACCAGUAGGUCACAGCUGUCAGGAACAACAACACUAAAAUUAAACAGGCUUUGGUUUUCCAGCCUGUUUUUAUCUCUUUCUGUCUUUAUUUCUUUGAAUCUGUCUGGCAGACAUCUUCCUCAUUUGCAGUCUUUGUUGAAGGGCAAGUUUGUCAGUUUAAACUUGACAAACAUGCCCCUGAAAACUUGACUUUGUAAUUACAUAUUUUAUGAUUGUUAACAAUAAAGAAUUACAAUUGAUCUGCUUCUACAGACAAGCACAGGAACAGAUGUUUUUUAUACAAUACAGCAUUAUGGUUCUACACUUGUUUUACAGUUUUAACAGCAUUAGGAAAGAGCACAGUAAGACGUUACAUAUUGUCCAACAUGAUGACAAUGCUAUUCCACUGUUAUUCUGUGCUAUAGGUAAAAAUUGAAAUAGGCUGUGUGUCAGGAAAGAAUAUCCCUUUCCAAGUCUGUCCCUCUCGCUGGUUUACUGUCUUUACAACAAAUGCCUAUAAUAAUUGUCUCUACAUGCAUACAAGUCUCAUGUAAUGGUAUUUGUACUCUUUUGAAAAUAACUUCUUGAUAACACUUGGUUUCACUAUGGAUUUUGCUACACAGUAAGUGUGAUGCAGUACUUCUUACAGCUGCUGGUGUAAUUUUUUUCUUUUAUUUGUGUAAAUCUGUCUCAAAUGUGGUAUUGCUGUUGUGGAUUACUGAUAUUUUCUGCUGAUUAUUUGGGGGAUGUAUCACUUAUCACUAUCUAUGAUCCCCUUUUGCUGCAUUUGCCAACUUGUUCCUGUCACAAUAUUGUGAUCAUAUGCUAACAGAACUGGUACAAGAUUAUGUCAGCUAGCUGCCCUGUUCAAGUCACUCAUAAGAUAAAUUGUAAUCCCUUGAUUUUUUUACAACCUCUUUCAGCCUCGCAGCACUCCAACAUGACAGAAUCCCGACAUUCUCUCACUAACAGCCUGUUUUAUCAACCCGACAUUAAGUGCAGUCUAAGCGUUCUUCUUAAAGGUGCAACAUUCAGGCCACUGAAGCAUGAAGCAGUCCCCAGAACUAUAUCCAAUAAAAUUGUCAAGGAUUUAUGUUUUUUUAACUAAAUGAAUUCAUUAUUUGAACCUUUGAGUGUUGCACCAUUAAACUUCUAAGCUGAAGCUGAUAUUAAGACUGUUCUGUUUGUUUGAUUGCUUUUUGAAGAGAGGUCAGGAUUUUCAGGCUUUCUUGUGUUAUGUAUAAACCAAAGUUAAACUAUUUUUUAGCGCUUUACCCAGUGUACCAGAUGUUUAUGUUGGUAUCUUGAUAACCAAAGGCAAAAAUGUUCAAAUGCAAGUUAUUUUAUUUAUGUAUGUGGUCAAUCCGCUGUUUUUCCACCAUACAUUUGGAUAAAAAUGACAUGUAAAUUUGUCAGAUUGCGAAAUACUUGUGAUUCAUCAUAUCAUGUCUGCUUUCAGAUAUAUGCAGGAACACAGUAUGAACAGCAUAAAUUAACUAAGCUCUGUGUGUGUGUGCGUGUGUGUGUUUUAAGCUGUUUAUAAUUGAUCAUCUGUGGAGGAGUACAACUAAGCAAUACAGCAUAGCAGUGUGUGUUUUGAUAUGUUUAGAGAAAAUUGUGUGGGAUGAUAAAAGAACAAGGACAGAGGAGCUUCAAGAAGACGCUUGAAAAAGCUUUUUAUCAAGAAACUCUUCAAAUGUUUGGAUCUUUGGUCAGAAUUGGUAUAACGCAGCUGUGUCUCAUUAAAUGUCAUCGCACAUUGGUAUUCAUUGUUGAUUAUACUAAUUUUUAGUUUUUAAAGAUUGUCUUUUUUUUUUCCAAGAAUGAAAAAGAAAUAAGUACAUAAAACAAUAAAACAUAAUCACAAAUUGAUCAUUAAUAUGACUCUUUCCCUCUCUCCUUGAACCAGGUGUCAUUUUGCAGUAAAAAUGUGCCCUAAUGAGCAAGAGAAAAGUCUUUCUGCAGGAAUCAGUUUUAUGGGUGUCUCAUUCUG